UCUGCCCUUCUAGCUACACCACUUCCAGAGGAAUUUGAGUUACAAGGAUUCUUGGCUUUGAGACCUUCUUUCAGGAACUUGGACUUUUCCAAAGGCCACCAGGGUAUCACGGGAGAUAAAGAGGGGCAGCAACGACAAAUCCGACAGCAGCGCUUAAUCUCUAUUGGCAAAUGGAUUGCCGAUAACCAGCCCAGGCUGAUUCAAUGUGAAAGUGAGGUAGGGAAAUUGUUAUUUAUCACAGAAAUCCCAGAGUUGAUACUGGAGGAACCCAGUGAAACCAAAGAGAACCUCGUUCUGCAAGAAACAACCAUAAUAGAGUCACUGACUACUGAUGGGAACCCAGGACUGAAAUCAGUGCUAUCGACGGGCCGAAAUCUAAGCAACAACUGUGACGCCGGAGAAAAGCCAAUGGUCACCUUCAAAGAAAAUAUUAAGCCGCGGGAAGUGAACAGAGACCAGGGAAGAAGUUUUCCUCCCAAAGAGGUGAAGUCCCAAACAGAACUAAGAAAGACUCCAGUGUCUGAAGCCAGGAAAACACCUGUAACUCAAACCCCAAGUCAAGCCAGUAACUCCCAGUUCAUCCCCAUUCAUCAUCCUGGAGCCUUCCCUCCUCUUCCCAGUCGGCCAGGGUUCCCACCCCCAACCUACGUGAUCCCCCCUCCUGUGGCAUUUUCUAUGGGCUCAGGUUACACCUUCCCAGCUGGUGUUUCUGUCCCAGGAACCUUUCUUCAGCCUACAGCUCACUCUCCAGCAGGAAACCAGGUGCAAGCUGGGAAACAGUCCCACAUUCCUUACAGCCAGCAACGGCCCUCUGGCCCAGGGCCAAUGAACCAGGGACCUCAACAACCACAGCCAACUUCCCAGCAACCCCUUCCAUCUUUACCAGCUCAGCCAACAGCACAGUCUACAAGCCAGUUGCAAGUUCAAGCCCUAGCUCAGCAACAGCAAUCCCCUACAAAAGCCGUGCCAGCUUUGGGGAAAAGCCCUCCUCACCACUCUGGAUUCCAGCAGUAUCAACAGGCAGAUGCCUCGAAACAGCUGUGGAAUCCCCCUCAGGUUCAAGGCCCUUUAGGAAAGAUCAUGCCUGUGAAACAGCCCUACUACCUUCAGACCCAGGACCCUCUAAAACUGUUUGAACCAUCAUUGCAACCUCCAGUAAUGCAGCAGCAGCCUCUCGAGAAAAAAAUGAAGCCUUUUCCCAUGGAGCCAUAUAACCAUAAUCCCUCAGAAGUCAAGGUCCCAGAGUUCUACUGGGACUCUUCUUACAGUGUGGCUGAUAGCAGAGCUGUCAUGGCCCAGCAAGCAAAUAUGGACCGCAGGGGCAAACGAUCACCAGGAGUCUUCCGUCCCGAGCAGGACCCUGUGCCCAGGAUGCCAUUUGAGAAAUCCUUAUUGGAGAAGCCCUCAGAGCUCAUGUCACAUUCAUCCUCUUUCCUGUCCCUCACCACCGGAUUCUCUCUCAAUCAGGAAAGAUACCCAAAUAACAGUGUGUUCAAUGAGGUGUAUGGGAAAAACCUGACUACCAGCUCCAAAGCAGAACUUAAUCCCUCGAUGGCCCCUCAAGAAACAUCUCUUUACUCUCUUUUUGAAGGGACUCCAUGGUCACCAUCACUUCCUGCAAGUUCAGAUCAUUCAACACCAGCCAGCCAGUCUCCUCAUUCCUCUAAUCCAAGCAGCCUGCCAAGCUCCCCUCCGACACAUAACCAUAAUUCUCUUCCAUUUUCUAACUUUGGACCUAUUGGAACUCCAGAUAACAGGGAUAGGAGAACUGCAGAUAGGUGGAAAACAGAUAAGCCAGCCAUGGGUGGGUUUGGCAUUGAUUAUCUCUCAGCUACAUCUUCCUCUGAGAGCAGUUGGCAUCAGGCCAGCACCCCUAGUGGCACCUGGACAGGCCAUGGCUCCUCCAUGGAGGAUUCCUCUGCUGUCCUCAUGGAAAGCCUAAAGUCAAUCUGGUCCAGCUCCAUGAUGCACCCUGGACCAUCUGCUCUGGAGCAGCUGCUUAUGCAGCAGAAGCAGAAACAGCAGCGGGGUCAAGGCACCAUGAACCCUCCACACUGAGGCCACAGUGGAAACCCUGGAACGAAGGCUCCAUAAACCAUGGCAUGCUGGGUUUGCAGGACUGGCCCACACAGUCCUCUGCAGGUGGCAGCCCUCUUUUCUGUUUCUUGCUGUUGAGAGGGUGUAAGUAUUCCACCAACCCGCUGAGUGUGCACGAAAUGUCCGCAGCGCAACAAAAAGAAAACCCAUCAGGAACUCUCCGUCCCCUGGGGCCCUCUGGAGGGAGAAAGGAACUGUUUGUCUCACUCAGUUACCUGAUAUCACCACCUCUCACCUUCUCCAUUGCGCAUGUCCCCCGCCAUAUGGGAAGUGAAAGCUGAGGAGGGAAGGCAGAGGGGGAGAAGCCAAUGGGAACUUCUCAGUCCUUUUUCCUCUUUGGGGAAUAAAGUAGGAGUCCAUUAAUGAUUGCUUUGCUGACUGAGAAUGUAAUUGGAAUGAUUCCUAAACAUCCUUUAUUAUUGUUCUUACUCUCAGUAGUAAAAUGUCACACUGAAUUCUUCCAUACACAGAUGUGCUCCUUCUAGUCAGUGUGUAGCCAGGAGAUCCCUGCGCACUGUUCUCGGGAGAGGUCAGUGGUGACAGGAAGGGGAAACUGCCCUCUCCGCCAGUGGAAGUGUGCCAUGAGGGAAGAGGACAUGGCCUCGGCCUCCACGCCAAAGGUUCUGGUGGGCCGUCCUCUUGCCUGGAGACUCAGCAGGAAAUGCCCUUCACUCUGUAGGUGCUCGAGCCCCUCGAGGAUGCAGUGUGGGUGGUAUGCCAGACCGGACUGACAGGUGACUGCUGUAGGGUUUGAAAUGAACGUUUCGAUUCCUGUACAUUUUAUGGUAGCCUAGCACACACUCAAGAAGACAGGCCAUUCCACUCCUGGCCUGGCCCUUUAAUAGGUAGAAGCUUUCAGUGUGGUUACUUUCUGUUUGCUUGGUUUUUGUACCCCCAUUUUCCACCUCACCACCUGUCCUACCUCCAUUCCUCUCCUUCCCUAUGCUGUGUGCCAGUAAUUCUUUUUAUUUCCAAUGUGUGUGAUAUCUCGCCAAGAAGCAGCAGCAUGGGGUCCAGCAGAUAUGGGGCCCAAAAGACAUUAUGAAGAGGAACGAACCACAGCGCCUGAGCAGCCCAGAGGGGCCAGGCCCCAGCCCUGCUGCCAUCUCCUAGCCUCCACUUUCAGAGCAAAGGCAACACGGACACAUGUGCACCUGCACAGAAGACAACCCAACAAAGUCCAUUCUGGAAGAGGUGAAAGAAAGAAAGAAGAUAAACUCAUUUGUUAUUUAUUAGAAGGAAAGAGGACUGACAGUUUUCUUGUUUAGAACAGAAGGACAGCAUAUCUGUUAGUCAUUUCCUGGAAAAGAAAUAUUUUGAGGAGGAAAUUAUGGAAACAAUCUAAAUGUCCUGUUGCUGUGCUAAUGGUAGGGUGGUUAUAUUCUGGGAAGAGAGAGAGAGUGUGUGUGUGUGUGUGUGUGUGUGUGUGUUCACGUGUGAACACAAGCCCUCUGGCUCUGGGGGCAAGAGGUUGUGGCUAAGUGUGUGCAGCCACUGGGAUUUGAAAGCUGGAAACCAGCUAUUGAGCAGAGCACAUGCAGGAGCCCCAGGUGCCGCUGGAGUCUGGGAGCCCCAGCAGCAGAGAUGGGGUGAGGCCGUUGCUCACUGCUCUGCAGAGAGAGCUGUUGGAGCCCUGCAUACUCUCAUUAUUGCUCUUUGAGUUUGAUGUGGUGUUUGGGUUUUUCUUUUUCUUUUCCUUUUUUUUUUUUUUUUUUUUGUUGUUGUUGUUUUGUUUUGUUUUUUGGAAAAGGUCUAAAAGGGUGAAGCCCCCACCCAGUGGCAAUAUGGAACCCUUUGUGCUUCUCUCCAGCCCCUUUUGUGUGACCCCACCCCUCCCUUCUAAAUGUCCUUCGCUGCCCUCUUCCUGGUUUUUGUGCGUUGGAGCUCCUGCAUCCAGGCAGCUGCAACAUUCCAGUGUGUGAGCCAUCACAGAUUCCCGCACCCUUAGACAAGCAAACCAGGUCCCACUCCCAGUAGCUCCCACAUCCCAUCUGCAGCCCCAUUUCUGCAUGAGAACUUGGUGUUUGGAAUGUUUGUUUUCUGACUCUUGGGGUGGGUUCCUCGUCUUAGUAUCCUCAGUGUGGAAUAACAAGGGAGAGGAGGAUCUUCAUCAGAAACUGAUUUUGUGUAGUAAACUUUCUUUUGUGUUUCCUUUUCUGUUUUGUUUUGUUUUGUUUUGGUCUGUCUGUGCAAGACCUGCAGCUGCUGAGAUCAGCUUUGCCUUUAAUUAAACCAUGUUCUCUCCAACCA